AUGAAGAGGACGAAGAAGGGGGCUGAAGUCACACAGAGUCAGGUGGUUGGACAAACAACGUCGUGAGCAAUAAAUGGGAUGGAACAGGUGUUGUGUGUCCGGCUCGACCCCAGGCAUAGGUCGGUACCCGCCCGAGGCCCCCAAUUCAAAGGCGUGGGAGAGUUCUCUUCUCAUUGAGGUCUCUCUUAAAACCAUUUUUUAUCCGCCGGCUACACUUUUGAAGUUUGUGUGUCCGUAGUACGUUUCCUAAAGAUUGAGGACAUUUGGGAGGGCCGGAGGACUUGCGUGGUGUCCGGAUACGUCGUUUAAUUUUAUGGGAAAUUAAAAUUUAUUAUUUUUCCAUAUGGGGGUUUACUAUAAAUAGUAUUUGUUUACUAUAGAAAACUUCAGGAAUAUUUCCUCAUUACACCAAUUUCCACUUUUUUAGGUAAAAUUUCGUUUUUCUGGCCCAAGCGAAAAUAAGGUUUUUGCAGAAUUCUGUCGUGUUGCUCAUUUCUUUCAUAAACCGCUUUUUCCUCGGAUCAUAUUUUUCGAAAUCCCGCAUAGGGUUCAAGCGACUAGUGGCGUCAAAUCGAACCAUGUGAUAGGGCCGACGAUUAUGCGUCAUUUUGUGAAACCUCGCCCUCAUUUCCAUAUCAUUCUCUGCACUUAAACAGUAGGACAUUCUCUACAUUCUUGUUUUUUGCACACCGAGUCCCGUGGAAGUUAGUCCCCAGCCGGCUCCCUUAAGUCGGUUGGAAAAAGACCCCGGCUGGCCCGUAUUUCCUCACCCUUUUUUUCUUGCUUUGGGCCACUUCCGGUCCCCUUAACUUAAAGAAUUUUUUCCUUCUUCCUUUCCCCCCAUUCCAGAACGAAGCAUUCCCCUCGCUCCUGCUUUUUCCAACUCCCAAAAACGCCGCACUUUCCACAUUGUUUCGCUCGGUUUUCACUUUUUUUGGUUCGAUUAUAUUCCAGAUCUUGAAGCCGUUCCUUUCUUGCGGUCUCUUCGCAAGACUUGUCGUUGUCAACUGUUGCCCCGAGGGGCGUUGAUCGGUUGUUUACAAUUUCAUUUUUGACGGAUCAUGUCGUUUCCCAGAAGAUAUCAUUGUUUUUCCCCAUUUUUCUUAUACUUUUCGAAACGUCGGCGCGACUUUGAAGCCCUCGCGUGUCGGAAAUUUGAAAGCCCAAAGUUUUUUUCAAUUAAAAUGCGCAAUUUUAGACGUCCAAGGCUUGGACAAGAAGCUACUUUAAUGAUGCUGGAACUGCAGUCCGAGUACCGGAUCGAUGCCGACCAGGCUAGCUCGUCGGUGAUCGAGGAUCCUAGCAAAAUCAGGAAUUGCUCAUCCUCAGAGUUGGCGAUUUGGCUGAGGGAUGACCGAGCACACUUAGUUUUGUUGGACUGUAGACCCACCUCCGAAUCGACCACCACCUUUGCGGGCGCGCAAAAGAUCCUUUUACCCACCGUUCUCAUGCGCCGACUACAGAAUGGAACUCUCUCACCCGGAAGUUUGGCGCCUCAGUUAGCGGAACAAACCCAACAAAUUAGGGUGAUAAUUAUUCCAGACAGAUGUGCCAAGUCGGUCAUGGCAUCCAAAGUGUACGAUAUGCUGAACAAACGGGGCUUUGAUGUGGUUUGUUUUGAUGGUAAGUUUUCUUGGAUGUCUGUUAAAUUCAUAGGGAAAUAGUUGCCAGAAUCACACAGGUCUAGAGUGCCCGAAAGCGUACUGCUAUUUCAGAGGAACCAGAAGACUUUGCCCGGCAUUUCCCAUCCCUGGUUGAGAGCACAAACUUUACGGCACCCCGCAAAAAGGGUGGAUUAAAUCUCUGUUUGUUGGCCAACAAGUUCUCGGAGAAUGUCAUCAAGCCGAGUGCGGAUCGAGGAUUUCCGGCCAAAAUCUUUCACUGCGUCUAUCUUGGGAACGAUGAAACGGCGAAAAACAAGGAACUUCUGAAAAGGUAAGCGAGAUGAUUGCAUGUUUUCACAUCGAGGAAAUGAUGGCAUUUCCACUAAUCUCUGAUUAUUCUAAAAAUAAAACUUUUCAGUUUUGGAAUCAGUUAUGUCAUAAACGUCACCUCGGAUCUGCCCAACUAUUACGAAGCGGAUCCGGACUUUCAUUAUCUUCGAAUUCCGGUGGAUGACUCCCACUCGCACAACCUCGCCAAAUACUUUCCGGGUAAGGGUUUUUUGUAUUCAUUAAAGUUAUCAGUAACCGGAAAAGGACUUCAUGUAGAGAGCUUAUCAAGUUGUUCUACAAAUACUUUUUGUAGAGACCUUUCUCUUUGUUUUGGGCGCUAUGUUUGAUGUAAACAGGAAGUAAUCGAAUUCAUAGGACCCCUUUUUUGCACAUCUUGGAAAACCUUAAAAUUGAGGAUCUUUUAAAAAACGCCUCAUUUAAAGUUGUGAUCUCUGAGCAUUUGUCAUUUCUAUUGCUUUUCCCAUUGUUCAUGAACUAAUUGCUCUCGGUGAUCUUGCUGACAAUUUUCCACGCUAAUUAGCACAUACAGCGUGCACUUUUGAUUACUAUUUCCCAUUACAUAUUCUACUUCCUUCGGGUCAAACUCCGGGCAUCGUUUUCGCGAGGGCGCUUGUUUACGAGACAUCGCGUGGUGGAAAUAUUUAGACAGGGCAAUUAGAUAAAGUGUCACACGACUUCCGGCAAACAUCUCACCUGUGGGAGUGGGGGGAUUAAUUUUAAUAAUUCCGGCUUUACUUGGAAAUUAAUCUCCUGAAUUGGCCAGUGCACCGUCCCUUCGGCCGCUUGUUCUGACGGCGGAUUUAAAGGGCUUGUUGACUGAAUUGAAUGGAAAUUAUUGCGGGGGGAUGGUUUCUCAUUUAUGUGGGAGCGGAAAAGGUGUGAAGAAAAGAAAGGGGCAUCGAGGGACCAAAAAUUGCGAAAUUACCACGUUUUGAUAGCAUGUUCUCUGUAUGAUUUGUUUUUUAUGGAAACCAAAAUGGUGUUUAUUUAUCCUUUAUUACUUAUAUCUCACUUCUUAUGUUUUACAUCCAAAUUUUCCCAGCCCUCAAACAAGCAUGUUUUGUUAAUAUUGUGUACCGUACUGACCGUAUUUCCUUGCAGAUGCCAUUUCAUUCAUCGAGAAGGCGCGCUCCGAGAACACCUCGGUCCUCGUCCAUUGUAUGGCCGGAAUUAGUCGUUCCGUCACCGUAUGCCUUGCCUACCUGAUGUACGUGAUGCAAUGUUCCCUGGACGAUGCAUUUGAUCGGCUGCUCCAUCAGAAUGCGUCAAUCCAGCCCAAUUUCCAUUUUAUGGAAUCUCUGUUGUGUUGGGAGCGGGAGAUCCGUAAAGAAAUGCACGCAUAUGUUGAUGAGAACUCCACCAUGCCCUCAUCUAAUUCUUCGGCAGCUUCGUCAACAUGUUCCUCGGCAUAG